ACUAGAGAGCUAGGGGGAGAGAACCACAGUGGAUCAGGCUGAAUGACAAGCAUAGCUUUCUUAUCGAAGAGUUGGAAUUGCGAGAGAUAUGCCUACUGUUAUUCGCCAAAUUCCGAAUCAAAUGCAGAGCAGCGUAUGCGCCCUAGCUGGAUAUAAAUAGAUUGCGCCCAAAUGUGAUUCACAUGUCUCGUGUCAAACAUCGACGACGAAGGGGCUAACCUUUGUCCCUUCUGCAGUUAGCAAGCAUGUGUGUUGAGUGAAACGCUGGCAUUGACUGUUAUUGCUCCUGUCGCUGAAGGGACAAAGUUGUUUGGAAAACGUCUGCUCGCCCGCUGCGUGGUGCAGUAACAAAAUGGUUUAUACGGAGGUCAACCGAACAUCCAACCGAAGUCCAAAACGGAGAAAUCAUCUGCUUAUUUGUCUAUGUGUGGUGUUAAUGGCCAUAGUUAUCCUAUCUGUUACACUUGGACUUACUCUUGGAACUAGUUCGUCCAGCAGUCUAAAGGCAACAUUUACGAAUAGAUGUCAAACUUAUUUAAAAGACAACGGCGCAACGACGAGUCAAAAUGAUUGUGAGAAGAUUUGGGAAUCAUUCAAGCAAGCAUUUGUGGGAAGGAAUCCAUGUGAUGUCCCUCCAGACGCAUAUGACUCCCUAUUACACAAAGUGUCCCACGAUCCAGCAUGUAACCGGAUGUUAUUCUGGAGCAAAACUAAAGAAAUAGUUCAUGCUUUCACUGGGAAAAUGAGCUGUUACUUGACUUUAGAGGACACUCUACUUGGCUUCACCUUGGAUGGACUCAAUUGGUGUGGCAAAAAUGAGAGCCAAGAAACUUUCACCACAGGAUGUCCAGAUUGUGAUAACAACUCUUUUCGGGCAUUCUGGAAUGGAGCCUCAGCAGCAUUUGCAGCAUCUGCGUGUGGUGAUGCCUCUGUCAUGCUGAAUGGGUCCAUAGAUAUGCCUUUUAAUUCAAAAAGCAUUUUUGGAUCUGUAGAAGUGAAACAUUUCAACUCCUCAAUCAUGAAUGGCUUGACUGUCUUACUUGUUACCAAGGAAACAGACACCAAAACGUGUGAGAGUGAUGCCUCACUGAAAGAUCUACAAAGUCAGCUGGAUCCUAAACUGAAAUAUACAUGCAAAAUAGUUCCCCAGUCAAAAAUUCAGAACUGCAUCUCACAACCACAGAUAGCCUGUGGUGACUGCUGGUGACCUCUUUUCAGUCUACAAGUGGUUUACACAUUAACAUAUCCAUGGCCUAUCCAGAGGCCUAACCUGAUCAUUUUCAAAUUGUCUUAAAAAUUCUGCUAGGGAGUCCAUAUUUACUAACAAGGAAAACAACCAAGGAAUAUACUGUACUAGACAAAGUCUUUGCGUCUCAUUUCCAAAAUCUGGCUCCCAUGAUAUGUUGUGCACAACUGAUUUUUUUAAUAAUAUGGUGAUUAGCAUGGCUUUAUUUUGUCCUAUUACACAGGUUGUUAGCCUGUCCAUCAGCAGAUUUGAUAGAUACACCCAUGACCAUCUCUCACACACUUUCCCUCUAUUCCUUCACAUAUUAAUUAUUAGCAACGUACUAGUACCAAUGGGUCAGGAUUGAUGACAAGCCUACAAUGGACUUUGUAAGCUCUGUGCCUGUAUUACAAGCCAAAACAAUAAAAAAAACUUUGUUAUUCUUUAUUUUUCUGUUCUGUAAAAGGGCUUGAUAGUGGAGCCGAGUCCAUACUGUAUAAGUAGAACUCUUUCACAAUUGUGUGUCAACUUACUAAUGAAACCCACAGAGGUGAUACAGCAUGUUAAUAUGUGUACUCCGCAGGACUAUUUAAGCACGAAAGGACUCAUGUAAUUCAAUGCUUUCAAUGUGAAGAUGUUGUGCAUGCCUGUUAAUUGUAAAGAACAAAACAACCGAGACACUAUCUGAUUGGGGGAUGGUGAGGGCAUAUGAACAUGUCUCUCUCUUUUAUUGUGUUCAAUUGACUUACUGUCAGUUUCUGAAAUCUGUUAUAUUAUGAGUAUUUGAAAAAGUAUUUUUGAAAAAGCUACUGUAUGUGUGUAAUUUUUAAUGGUAAAGAAUAAUGAUAAUAAUAAAAAAAGUAUUACUAUUGAA